AUGACUGAGCAAACGUAUGUAGAAUUCACACUCCAAAACGAAGAAAAUUUACAGCCAGUAGAAGGCAAAACAUAUGUUUCUAAUUACAGGUACAAUGCAGAAAACAACACAUAUUGGCAAAACAUCGGAUGUGAUAAAAUCGAAUUCCAAAAUAACAUUUUUAAGAUUAAAAAACUCAUCUGGGUUUGUAUCUUGGAGUGGACAGAACCUUUGCCACUUCAUCAACGCUCCGUACGCGUUUUUGCUUUUCAAGCCGGUGUUAAGGCACCUUACGUCCUUACUUUUGCAGAUACUGCAUCUCGUGAUAGCUUCGUAGAUUCAUUAAACAAAAUUAUUGAUCAACUUAAAGCAACAAGUAGAAUGCUGAUCGAUGUUCCAGCGACAUACUACUCAGAUGUCGAGAAAGAAGGCAUUCGCGGAGUUUUCAAUGCUACAAAAGAUGGAAUUAUAUACAUGACUCCUAAAAAUAUCCAGCUCUCAGCUUUACUUAUCAAUAUGAUUGCUUACAGGCAAAUUAAUCCCGAACCAGUUGGCGAAGAUACAAUCAAAAUGAUGAAUAUUACAUCAAGCACUAAAAAAGGAUUCCCAAUUACUAUACAAUUUGAUUCAAAACGCGAUAUGAUUUUAAGCCAGCUUCAAAACCUUAUUAAUGAAACAAAUACCAAUAUUGACAUUAAUAAUGAAGAUCCAGUUUCUUUAAAGGCCCAAGAUGAAAGUUCUGAAGAUAAUCAUCAGGAUGGCGAAGCAGGAGAGGAUACUUUCACUGAAUUUCCAUCAUUUGUACUUGAAACAAAGAGUGGAGAAAGCGAAGAAGAGAUUUUAUUUAAUGAAGAAGCAAAACUCUAUAUUAUUUCAAAAGAUCAAUGGCUUUUCCUUGGUGCAGGUGAAUUUCAUAUCGAUUAUUCUCAGAACCGUUACAGAAUUGUAAUGAGACGUGGUCCAUCAAAGAUUAUCUCAAUUAAUCAGUGGAUUACGAAAGAACUUCGCCCGCAAAUGCUAGCGAACUGUUUCUUCCAGUUCCUUGGGCAUGUUAACCAGCUUGAAAAGCCAAUGCCAGUUCUUGUUAAAUUUAAUUCGAUCGAAAGUCUUGAAAUUGUUGAUUUCCUUGUCAAUACAGCAAUUAAUGCUGCAGAAUAA